AGUGCUGUAAAUCAAAUUGAACUAGAGUUCUCCAGGCGACCUAGUCGCAAGCAGAUCAAGUUACCAGUAGGGACAUGCCAACCAUGACACGGAUGCAUCGCCACUCGAGUUCCAGUGCCGUGGUGGAGGAGUCGCGUGGACGGCGGCGCGGCGUGGGCGUGCCGGGGGCGGGGGCGGGGGAGGCGAACAAGGAGAACUUCGGGGUGCACUUCAUGAGCAGUCCCUUUGGCAAUGCCAGCCUGAUUGCCCUGCAGGAUCUGAGCAAUGUGCACGGCAAGAGUCCGCAGCGCAGGAGUUUCAGCGAGGGCAGUGGUCCCCGCCAGGCGACGCCACAAUUGGCGGCCCUGCGAUGCUUGCCACGUGGCACCAAUGGUGCGGCACUGGCUCUCGAGGAUUCGCAGCUAUCUUCAUCACGAAUGGGUGACACCACAUUGGAUCGAAUGCUGGACGCCAUCAUAGAGUCGGCCAGGAAGGAGGUGCGGAAGCCACUGGGAGUAGCCACUGCCACCAGUAGCAUAACCACCUCCAUUCUGCCAGAUAAUCAGCAUUCCGGCGAGUGGAGCGAGACCAGUGUCCACGAAAUGGAGGUGCGCACACCCACCCACUUGAAGAGGCAGCGGGUGGUGCGUCGCAAAAACCCGCACAAAACCCAAACCACCACCACGCAGAUACACCAGGCGAAGAAAAUGGAGCAGCUGCAGCUGAUUCCCAGCACCAAGCGCUGUCUGAGCUUCUCAUCCAGCUCCGCAUCGAGUGAUUUGGACGAGGAUGAGCAGCAGCAGGAGCAGCAGGUGGCCAAACGGAGUUCGCUGGCAUCCACUUCCACCUCCUCACCUAGCAGCGAUUUGGAAUCCAGUCAGCGGGGCAGCAUCGAUGUGAGCAUUUCCUACGAUGCCAAGGAGCAGCAACUCAAUGUACAUGUGAUUCGCUGUCGCGACUUGCAGCGUUCCCAUGGCAGUGGAAAUGGCAGUAUAAAUGCCUACGUCAAGGUGGCUCUAUCCGGAGGAGGAGGAGGAGGAGGUCCUGGUGGCUCCGGGGGCAGCAUGAGUUCCGGCUAUCAACGCACCGCCGUCCAUCGGCACUCGGGUCGUCCGUACUUCGAUCAGCGGUUCAGCUUCCAGGUUUCCAGUGGCGAGGAGGAGGCCACUUUGCAGCAGCUUCAGCUGGCCGUGUGGCAUCGGGAUCGUCAUUUAAACUCAGUUCCCGUUACUCAGUCCGAGUGGCAAGCUCGCGUGAAAAGCGACGAAAAACGGCUGGCAACGCUCGAACACGCAGGAAAUCGAGGCAAACGCAGCGAGUUCCUGGGCUGCAGCACGUUUCCACUGAAUGAGCUAGUGCAUCCGGAUUCGGGCGUCACGGCAGGAUCCUACAAGCUGCAGGCACAGGCAUGUCCGCCGCCUAACAACCGCCAGAGUCAAUCGAAAGCGAGAAAGCAGGAAGCGGUCAAGGAUCAGGAUCAGGAUCGGGAACAUUCAGAGGAAAUGGCAGCCGCCGCCACAGUAACGCCCCAAAAACCAGUAGCCUCGGGAUCCGUUUCGGGUUCGGGAUCCGUGGCCAUGCCACUGAACGACGAGGUAAUCAGCAUCAGCAUUGAUAGCAUGGGCAAGGAGGAUCCCCUGCUGAUGCCCCAGCAGCCCCAGCAGCCGAUGAAGCUGAGCAAGAAGGCCCUCCAUCAGCGGGACGCCGAUGAGAAUCUAUUUCUGAGAUUCCUGGAACUCGAUCCGCCGGCGGAUGGGAAUGCCAAUACGAGUACCAAUCAGGCACAAUCAGCGGGCAGCCAAUCCUCGGCGGCUGCGAAAGCCAACGAGAGUAAUGCCAAUCACCUGAACAAUGGGACACCAUCCGGUGGCAGGAGGCAGUCCACUAUGCCAAACAGUGCAGGAGGAGGAUCAUCCGGAGGAGCUGCCCGCCAGCAGGCCGGACGAACGCCCUUCACCAUGACUAAGCGACUCACUCGCACCGAGGAGCGGGGCUUUGGAUUCUCCAUCGUUUGGACACAUCCGCCGCGGGUGGAGAAGAUCGAGGCGGGUCUGUCCGCCGACCGGUGCGGCAUCCUGCCCGGCGACUAUGUGAUCUUUGUGGACAAGCACAAUGUGGUCACGAUGCCCGAGGCUGAUGUUCUGAAUUUGAUACGAUCGCAGGGCUCGGCCUUGACGUUGGAGAUAUUCAGAAGGUCAGGCGCGGGCGCCACAACCAUUACCACGGUGGCGGACUUGGGCCAGAACAAUGUGGGCAGUCAGCGGCAGAUGAUAGGCAGCGAGGAGCACACUCUGGCCACCACCGCCACCGGAACGACCACUGUGAUGAGCAGCAGUCUGCAGAGGACGCCCAGCACGAGGAUCGUGCAGCCUCAGCUGAAUAGCCUCAGCCGACCGGCCACCGCCUGCUCGGGCACCACUUCCUCCAUCGAGGCGGCCAAGCGGAGGCUCCACCUGCCGCAGGUCACCUUCAGCAAGGAGUCGAUUGUGCCCAUUACGGACAACCGGCGGCGCUUCCUGCUGCAGCUGAUCAGCCGGGAGCAGAACUUCACGGCGGCCCUGCACUUCGGAGUGGACCGAUUCGUGCAGCCGCUGGUGGAGCGAAAGGAUCUGAUCUCGCCGAACGACCAUCGCACUUUGUUCCAGAACAUCGACGAGCUGCUGCGCAUCGCAGAGGACAUCCUGGAGCAGCUGUGCAGCAGCGAUCAGCAGGAUCAGGAGCCGCACAUGAACUUCGCCUCGCGAGUUUAUCUAUCGAAGACGACGGCGAUUUGUGCGGCCUACAAGAAGUACUGCAAUGGCAUCAAGCGGGCCGACUGUGUGCUGGUCAACAAGUCGCGGCAGACGGGCUCCGAGUUCAUAGCCUUCAUCACGGAACCGGCUGUGCCGCGCAAGCGACCCGAUCUCACCAUGUUCAUCCAUCGGCCGCUGCAGCAUUUCCGCGAGAUCCUCAAGCUGAUGCAGCUGCUGGCGGGGAAUUGCCACGUGGACACGGAGGAGCACAAGAACUUCAGCACGGUGAUCAACGAACUACAGGCCGCCUACCGGGAGAUCACCGUCAGCAGUGGCCUGAUGGAGCCCCUGGGCGAGGGUCGUCCUUUGUUGACCCUCCAGGAUCUGGAGUCCCGCAUGGUCUUCACCAAAUGCAAGCCCUUCACCCUGGCCGUCCAGGGUCGUCAGUGGAUCUUUGGCGGUGACCUGUCCCGGGUCGAGGGCCGCUCGGUGAAACCCUAUUGGACUUUGCUCUUCAGCGACAUCAUUGUGUUCGCCAAGGUCAGCCGGGAUCGAGUGCUCUUCAUCACCGAGGAGCCCAUUCCCAUCGCCAAUGUGGUGGACUCUUGUUUUCACAUGCGUAAGAAAACCACCGAGUUCCGUUUGACUGUGGAUCCCAAUGGACGGCUGGCGGAGAGUCCCACGGGCUACUGUGCCCCCGAUCUCACCCGCACUCCGAAACGAGGAGCCCGUCGCAAGAGUCUCAUUCUGAGGGCCCCCUCGCUGGAGCUCAAGGCCGUGUGGCAGAAUCUUCUACAGCGGCAGAUUUUUCUAGUUAAUGCCGCUCUGGGCUCAACGCCCCUCUCCAGCCCCCUGGACUCGCCGGACGUGCUCAAUACGCUGGUGCCGCUGAGCGACAUUGGACUGACCACCGCGUCGAUGGGCUCGAUGAAGUUGCCCUCGCUGGACAGCAUCCACCUGAAGCAGCAGCAGAAACAGCAGCGCAACAACAAUUCCCACUCCGCCGGAGGAGUGGCCACCGAAAGGUGCGCAGAUCGAGCCCACGGCCACAGCCACGGGGUCCAUGGUGGCCAUGUGGAGCAGAUCGAGCUGCUGAUCGACGAGAAGUGCCGCAUCCUGAACAAGACGGGCACUCCCAAGUCUAGUGCCCUGCACCUGGCCAACUGGAUGAAGGGCCAGCUGGACAAGCAGCAGCAGCAGGCUCGACUGGCGGCCAUCGCCCGGUCGCAAGAGAACGUGAGUGCCGAGGACGAGCAGCUGAUCUUCAAUAGCGACAGCGAGCAGGACGAACGGAUCACCUACUGGACGCGCCAGCAGCUGGAGAAGCGCACCAAGGAGCUGAAUUUGGCCAAGGAGAAUGGCGGCCUGUCGGCAAAGCCCAAUUUCGGGGGCAAGCGGCUGAGCGGCGUCGAGGAGCUGAGCAUGAGCGCCACCUCGGAUAUAUACUCCACGUCGGAGGCGGAGGGCGUGACCAGUGUGAUCAGUCAGUCGCACAGCACCACGUCGGACAGCCAGAUCACCGUACGCUCGAGUCCCAUAGUGCUGGACAAGCUGGCCGUUUGCCGUCAUUGCCACAAGAAUUGCCAGCAGAGCGGACCGGGCGGAGUGCGUCCUGGUAGCGGCGGCGGCGGCGGAACUGGGGUCCAGAACUCCAGCUCCACGCCCGUCCUGCUCUGCAAUUCGCUGAAAGUGCAGCACAGCCAAUCGUCGCCGAAUCGCUGCUGCAAACUGAGCAACGGCAUUGCGACCGAAAUGUCCAAUCCGAAGAUGAGCAAUCGGACGGGAACAACCGGCAGCGUGACCAGCAUGUCCAGCAGCACCAUCACCGGGGAGCUGUCCUCCAAGGUGGUUGCGAGUAGCAGUCGCCGGGAGACCGGCGACACCGAGAGCGAUGUGGCCCAGCUGAUAACCGAUGAAAUCUCGCAAUCGCAAUCAGAGGCCACCGAUGACAGCGUCGGUGCGAUGCCCAACAGCAGCAGCAGUGCCGGCGAAGGGAUCCCUCUUCCCGUUUCCAUCUCAGCCCCAAUCCCAAUCGCAGUGCCAAGCUCCAAGCUACGUCAUCUAGAUCCACCAGUCAGCACAGCAGCCUCAUCCCUGCCCAAUGGCCACUGUGGUUCGCCCAAGCCGCUGCCACCACCACGUCGCACCCGCAUUGUGGCCCAAAUGUGCCAGGAGCCACUCAGUCGGCCCAAGGCCAACCAGCAGGUUAAGGCCAUUGUGACCAUCACGGAGACGGCCAGGAUAAUGAGAAGCAGUCCAACGAAGGGAGGAUCUGGUGGAGGAUCGGUGGGUGGUGGUGGUGGUGGUUCCCCGGCCAAAUAUGCCGCCUGCCAUUGUCGCUGCACCCCGGAGGACUUCACACACGCCCAGCUCUCGCCCGAUAAAAUGGAGCACCAGACAUGCAAGCUCUUGGAGUCCCCUAAGCAAACGGCCACCACACUGCAGCAGCAGCAAAAGCAGGAGGACGAACAGUUGUCCCUGAUGCUCAUUGGCCUGGCCCAAUUCGCUCCGGCUGCCGCUGUCAAACUUUGCGGCCAGGAGAGGAUCAAGGAGGUCAGGGAGGAGGAUAACAGUACACCCACGAUAGCUGUGGUCCCGCCCACACCCGAUUCGGUGCUCACCAAGACGAGCACUCAUGUGUGGGACAAUAGCGGUGGCUCCUCCUCGAAUGGAAAUGGAAAUGGCGGAACCGAAACCACCACCACCAGUACCGCCACCACGACAACGAAGCAGCCCAGGCAGGCGAUUAUCGAAAAUAUACCAGAGGACUCGUGCGACGAAUCGCCCUUGGACGAGGAACCACCCUAUCGACCCAUGAGCAGUGCCCUCCGGCGAUUCGGCACCAUGUCGAGUCUGGAGAAGCUGCCCUCCGACGAUCGCAUGGACGAGGCCGAUGAGCUGGACGACGACAUGGAGCCCUUUACGCCGAACGGUCAUAAUAGUCCCCCGAAUGAGCAGGACGAUGGAGAUGAUGAUGAUGACGACGAGGAUGCGGAUUCGGAUCGAGCCUUGGUGCAAAACGAUUUGGGUGCCGCCGCGAGUUCAUCAUCAGCGGUGAUGGUCAAUGGCGAGGUUCUGGCCAGUGGAGCGUGGACAAAUCGGGCGGGAGCCUAUGUCUCCGACAAGAUGUCCUUUUUCGAAGAGUCGCGGGCCUUUAUAGACAAGUAUUUGGGUCGCUGGAAUGCCGGCGAUUCGCAACAGCAGCAGCAGCAGGGAGCCGCCUCGGAGACGGAUGAGCAGAUGGACGAGUGCACCUCGGGAGCCACCAGUGGCGAGGAGGUCUGGGGCACGCCCACCAGUGGCGGGGAUAACGAUGACCAGGACAUGCAGCUGAUCAACUCGGAGAACACGCAUUCGUCGCCCACCAAGUCGAGCACCUCUUUGAAUGACGACGACGACACCGAACUGAUGAUGGACGAGCUGCUAAUGGCGCCACCGAUGACUGCCAGCACGAUUCGAGGAUUGCUGCCACGACGUCGCCUUGAGCCCCUUUUUGAGGAGGAGACGGAGAGCGACGAAGAGAAGACGCAGCAGGACAACGAUGACGUCAAAAAGGGGGAAGCAACGACCAAUGGCCACUACCUAGAGGAUUCGGCUGGAAGUUCAAGCGACAGCGAGGUGGCGCCAUCAGUCCCACCACCAGUUCCUCGGCCAGUGGUGCCGGAUCGGGAGGAGGAGGAUCAGGAGGAGGAGGAGGAGGAGGAUCCGGAACCGGAUCCGGAUCAGGAGGAUACACACUCCAGCGUGGAGCGACUGCUCCCGAAUCUGGCCACGAGUGCGAUGGGGCCGCGUCCCUUGCUCACCACCCGUCUGCUGCCCACCACGGCCAUCGAUCCUCAGCCACCGGCGGUCCCGGUGGUUCCGGUGGUGGUGGCCUCAUCCUGCGAGUAUCUGCUCGAUCAGCGCCCCUCGAGCGGAUCAGGACGCGAACCCGCCGCCGGGAUCAGCAGCAGCAGCAGCAGCUCCUUCACCACGACGCCAUCCUCUCGGCCGACGCCUCCGUCUCCGGCGAAGCCAGCAGCGAUGCCGAUCGGGAUGAUGACGACGACGAUGACGAUGACGACGACGACGCCGAGUCGAGCUCCCUCAUCGAUUACUACAACAACCAGCAGCGCGAGCGGCACUACGAACUCCGGCGGCAGAGCCAGCGGCAGGCCUCCGAGAUUUGUGCCGCCGCCACCGCCUCCGCGUCGCUUGCUCCUCACGCAGACAGAUCUAAGCGCUGCCCAGGCCAAAACGGAGCCACCUCAAAAAAAAUCUGGCGCUACUGCUGACAGUGGCUCCUCGGCGGUUGUCGGCGGCGCCGCCAGCGCUUCGGACCCAACCGCUAUCGGGUCAAGGACAAUGCCAUCAACGCCGAGUACCAGCAGCUCGGCGGCGGGGCCAAAACGACCGUCGUCAACGAUAAUCGAGACCUGCCUGCUGGGGGCACCCAGGCCCGCCUCAGCCACUUCAUCAGCAACAGCCUCGAUCUCGAGGACGGCAAAGCCGUCGAGCCGUCAGAGUCCCACCCAUCACAACCCAACACAGCCGCCGAGGGGGCAGAGCAGCCCAGCUGCAGUGGCACCACCACAGCAGGCGGCACCGCCAGACGCACCACCGCCCACCGCUGCCCCAGUGCCGCACGCUGGAUGCGGGCUAAGCCCAAGGCUGGAAAUGCGGCUGGCCCUCAAUCACGACAUCCUCGGGGACGAGGACUUGAUCUGCUACGAGCCUGGUCCCGAUCUAACAACUAUUCUGGGGCACGACCUCUCCACAUUUCAUCGUCUGACGGGUCGCGAUUUAUUGAGUCGUUCAGCCACGAACAGGGUGCAGCCAAAAGAGGCUGUCAUAUCGUACUCUCAACAACGCAACUCAAAGAUGGACACGCCGACGGUGAACCGCCGGCCCAGCCCCCUCUCAGCGGGCGCCUUGGGCGGCUCCAUCAGCAACAACACGAGCAGCAACAACAACAAUCACAGUCGCAGCAGCAGCAGUCACGGCAGCAGUCCGCUCGCCGGUGGUUUAACCCGUGCCGGAGCCGCCGAGGCAAUGGGUCAUCAUCCGCAGCAGCAGCAGCAGCUGGCGGCGGUGGUGGGUCAUCCAGGUGGUGGAUUUGCUGGUCGAGUCGGAGGCGGGAACGGAAGCGGCGGCGACAGCAGCACCGCCUGCAGCUCCAGCAGAGGCGGGAGCAAAUUAGGCGAUCUGGAAAUCUUAGCGAGACGCGAGAAGAUAUACUCCAUGUCUCAAUCGAGGAGUGGCUGUCGAGCCAGGGAGACGAGCACAUCCGCGGGCACAACGAUGACCACGACGAGCACGACCACUCUGGUGGCCAUGGCUACGGAGAUGCGUUCGGGCAUGGGGAUGGGGGAUACGAGUUCGGGGAGACGCGACUCUUCCUGGCCCAAACGAGCAGCUGCAGCAGCCUCUCUGACGAGGACGAGGAGUACUACUUCGAUGGACGGAGCGGGAGCCAUCAGUACCACAACCACAACAACAAUGACUGAGGAGGCAUUCCUCGAGACCGAAGUGGGCAGAUCCAAGCGAUUAAUAAACUUUAUAAAGCGUCGCAACUCCGAGAUAACCGCCAGUAGCACCAGCAGCACCCCCAACUUCUCCGAUGGCGCCUUUGGCGAACAGCCCCAUCCGAGCAGCCUUCUUCUCCAGAAGCUGCCGCCGGGUCAGUCGCAGGCCCAGGAUUCAGUGGAGAUGGCCCAGAUGUCGCCACGCAAGGAUAACGACAAGCCAUCUCUGAACCGCCGCCUGUGGAAGCAGAUCACCAAACGCCGACGCACCAAUUCCGUGUCCCAAAUAGUCGCAGGCUAGGGAAUCACCAACCACCCGAUCCACUUGGCCCCUCUGUUACUGUUACUAACUGUGUUCUGUGGCUAGAUUUUAGCUAAGCAUCUGAAGAGAGCCUCGAUUGUCGAUUGCCAAAUGCCGAUUACCGAUUACGGAUGAGCAAUGAUCAAUGAUAGAUACCAAAUUUGCACGGGGCAGCCCGUCGAUAGGCAGUAAUCAACUGUUACCAUAUCACGGUGAUCUUAACGGGCUGUCCCACACCGAAAGAACUGGCAAGAAGCAAAACCAAACACUUAGUAGUAUGUUAAGAUUUUUGAUACGACUUUGUAGCUAGCGAAUCCCCCGGAUCGCAACGAUACCGGGCAGCUCUAGGCGUCCAAUUGCGUCCAAAAACGAUAAGCGAUAAGCGAUUAACGAUUUAAACGAUAAAAAUCGAUUCUCCUGCCAGCAGAGCCAAGGAACCGAGUCCCAGCCAAAUAAGAUUUAGACAACGAAUGGCAGUCAGUUGGUAAUACUGGGCACACACUCACUCUCACUCCAAAAAAUAGACAUUAAAAACAAAAAAAAAAACAUAACACAACACAAUUGCAGUCCAGCCAAAUGAAUUAGGAUCUAGAGGAGUUCGUACACUGACUAUUUUUUAGAGAUCAUGAUUAUGUCUUAUAGCUUAGCAGUUUCGGGUUUAUGUUGCGGGAUUGAGACGGUGAAAUUGCCUUACGUAUCCAAUGAACUAUUGUAUGGGUAGCUUAACGUAGUAGUCUUUAUACACAUAACAUUUACAGCCUCAGCAGUUCGUAGUAGUCAUAGUCAGUCAUUAGUUGUCGGUCGUAAUACAAUUUUUAGUACUUGAAUUCCACGUUUUUCUCAACUAUUUACAAACGGAACUUUUGCAUCAGUUAGAUCUUAUAUAUGUAUAUACAUAUAUAUAUAUAGGGAAACUUGGUAGUUCAUUUCACAUUGAAAUUGAUAUUGGAAUUGGAAUAUGAAUCGAGAAAACGAAUAGCACGAAAAUUGUUGAAUGCAGCCCUGAGCAGCAGCUGAGAAAAAUGCUAACAAAUUAUACGAAUUAAUAACUAACGAUCAAGUACAUUUAUCAGCUUUAAUAGAAAAUCUAAUAUAUAUACAUGGAUCUAAAUAGUUCUAGUUAUAGUUAUAUAAUUGACAUAAACGAAUUACUUUUGAAUAGUGAGUACGCGAUCGAGUUAUUAGGCAUUUAUCACUCACAUUCACUCGAUGCAUUCAUUGAUCCAGCACCGAUUACACCACGUGAGAUAUUCAGUAAUUUACUUUGUAAACUCAGAUACACACAAUGGAUUUAAUGUGUAUGUAUAUGACUACCGAAGUAUAUAUGCGUAAUAAAAUCUGCGGUAUACAUUGAUUUUUUUUGGUCGAAAUUUGUAUUUUACCAGAGUAGUAGAGUGCAAAAAUGAAUUUCUCUUGAAAUUCGAAAGGAAAUUCAAUUAUUUAAAGAACAAAUUCCAAAGACAAGCAUCUUAAUAAAUUCAAUAUACAAUAAA